CAGAUAAGCCAACCUACUAUAAAUGUAGCGUCUCAACAUUAUCGCUCACAUCUCGUUCAGAAUGAUCGGAACAGUCGUGUCGUCUGCCAUAUUCCUGGCUCUUGUUGUCUACUCCGAGUCUGCAUCACUUCCGGUGGUUGCAGCUGCAGCUGGCCAAUGCGUGUAUCAAAACAAGACUUACAUGGUUGGUGAAAAGACAGACAGUGCGUGCAUGCCCUGUGAGUGCACCCAAAGUGGCCGUAUGGCUUGCCUGGUGAUUGACUGUUUCUUCCCUUUUCCUUGUGUCGACGCCGUUCAGAAACCGGGGCAGUGCUGUUUGUCUUGUCCAAACGGAAGGAACUGCAAGUACGGCGAUCACAUCAUCAAGGAGGGAGAGGUGUACAAACCUGACGCAAACACCGAGUGUAAAUGCAACAAGCAACUAUUCGGUCCCGACGCCCUGAAGGCUGUGUGUACCAAGUCGGCCUAGUCUGUCUCUAAUACCAAAGGAAUAAAUCUUCUAACCUA